GCAGAGCAGUCCGGAGAGGCUCCGCGCAGAGGCAGAUCCGGGGAUUUGAGAGGAGGCAGAGCAGCUAGGAGACAGUGGAAGUGUGUUCGUCCAGCCCAAACAUCCACAGUUUGACAGCUGAGACAAACAGACUAAGUACUGGGAGCCAGGUUAGUGGUGAACAUGGAGCAGAUCUCAGUGCAGCCGCUGCUGCUCGUGCUGCUGGUCCUGAUGCUGCUGGGCCGGCUGUCUCAGCCCUGGGCCUUCCCCUUCAGCCCCUCGCUGGACCUGGACGUCACCCCCAGGACCACUGUCUUCUUCAAAGGUGUGCUGGGUAGCUCUCAUUUCUCUGGCUCCUCGCAGAACUACAGCACCCUGCUGCUGGAGGAGGAAGCCGGGCUGCUGUACGUGGGAGGCAGAGGAACUUUAUAUGCCCUCAACACCUCCAACAUCUCCACACCUGCAAACCUCACAAUCGAUUGGGAAGCUUCCCCCGAGCAGAAGAAGCAGUGUCUAAACAAAGGCAGGGACAAUAAGACAGAGUGCUACAAUCACGUCCGGUUUCUGCAGCGGUACAACGAAACUCACAUUUACACCUGUGGAACAAAUGCCUUCAGACCUCUCUGUGCUUAUAUAGAUGCAGAGAGGUUCAAGUUCUCGUCGGGUAUCGAGGAGGGAAGGGACCGGUGCCCGUAUGAUCCAGCAAAGGGAUUCACUGGGCUCCUCAUAGACGGUGAGAUGUUCACAGCUUCUCAGUACGAGUUUCGCAGUUCACCAGACAUCCGGAGAAACUUUCCCUUCCCCACUCUCAGGACCGAGGAGGCCCCCACCCGGUGGCUUCUGGAGGCAGAUUUCGUGGGCUCCGUGCUGCUGAAGGAGAGCGUCAACAGCUCCAUCGGCGACGAUGACAAGAUUUACUUCUUCUUCACUGAGAGGAGCCAGGAGCAGAUUGCCUACCCGAGCCAGACCAAAGUGUCCAGGGUUGCACGGGUCUGCAAGAAUGACUGGGGGGGCCAGAGGACUCUGCAAAGGAAGUGGACCACUUUCCUCAAGGCCAGGAUGGUGUGUUCCGUCCCGGAGUACGAGCUGCACCUCAAUGUCCUGCGGGAUGUGUUCGUCCUGCAGGGGCGAGACGCUCAAAGCAGCAUCUUUUAUGGCAUUUUUGGUCUGGAAUGGAAAAAUAUCAAAGCAUCUGCUAUCUGCCAGUACACCUUCUCCGACGUACAAAAGGUUUUCCAAGGGCCGUACAUGGAGGUGCAGGAUUCAAAGUGGAGGGAAUACACAGGAAAGGUUCCACACCCAAGGCCUGGAUCUUGCAUAACAGACGUACACCGGUCCCAGGGCAUCAACUCCUCCAGAGACCUCCCAGACAACGUCCUCACCUUCGCCAGGAGGCACCCACUGAUGGCCAACCAGAUCCACCCCAUAGGCAUGCGCCCACUCAUGUUCAAGAGGAGCGUCAACUACGUCAAGAUGGCCGUGCACAAGGAGCUGGCGCUGGAUGGAAACAUUUAUACCGUUUUGUUUUUAGGAACCGAUGAUGGGUGGCUGCACAGAGCCGUAGACGUGGAUGGAGACAUGCACAUCAUAGAGGAGUUGCAGAUGUUUGAUAAACCUCAGCCGGUAGAGAGCAUGGUUAUAUCUCCAGUUCAGAGGAGUAUCUACGUUGGCUCCCACUCUGGAGUGGUUCAGGUCCCGAUGUCGGCCUGCCAGAGAUACAGCUCCUGCUACGACUGCGUGUUCGCCAGAGACCCCUUCUGCGCCUGGGACGGACGAGUGUGUGUAGAAAUAUCCUCACGUUCCCAGAGGUCUAACCUAACCCAGGACAUCACCAGAGGAAUAAGGGGCUGUAAGGAGAAGUCAGGAAACGUGGUCCACCGGAGGCGCUCCGUCAUGUCGGGGGAUGACGUUCUUCUCCAGUGUGAACUACGCUCCAACCUGGCAACCCCACGCUGGACGCUGAACGGGAAGGAGCUCCAGGGAUACGGCCUGAACUCGGGCUACCGCAUCGGCACGGACGGCUUACUCAUAAUCGGAGCUCGCGUCCAGCAGAGCGGCUCGUACCGCUGCUUCGCCGUGGAAAACGCCGUCUCCGUCCUGGUCUAUCUUUACACGGUGACGGUUCACACGGACCCGUUCUUCGUGGUGGAGCCCACGGCCACCACGUACCCCCCCACCGCCUCCAGCCCUGGCGUCUCCACCACCGGCGGCCCCACCGAGCCGCCCUCGCCGUCUCCUCCACCCCCGCCGGCGCGCGCAGGGGCCGAGUUCCAGACCUACCGGCACAUGGAGGCCGUGUACAUCUCCCUGGUGGCGGUGCUGGGAGGCCUGUGCUUGGUGCUGAGCGUGGUGCUGCUCUACGUCAGCUUCUGCACCAGACGCCCCGCCCACAGCAGGAAGUUCUCCCAGCAAGGUCUGCAGGUCCUGGGCGGCUCGGAGAGGAAGCGCAGCUCCCAUUUUGAACUCACAACCAUCUCCAGCCACUGCAACGGCCGCCCGGGCCGCCGCUCCAUCUCCGUGCCGACCUUCGCGGACAUCGGCGACGGUUUCCUCCAGAUAGUUCCAGGAGAAGGCCAGAUGUCUCCAGCCAAAACUCCCCCACCUGCUCCGCCCCUGCCCAUGCCGCCGCCGCUGCCCAACAUGGACUACGUCAACGGGCUGUCGGCCACCCUGCCCAGCGUGCUGAGGAAGAUGAACGGGAACAGUUACGUGCUGCUGAGGCAGGCCGACCCCGAGGGCAUGUCUCCGCUCUACCACUCGUUCACAGAGGAGCUCAACAGGAUCCUGGAGCAGAGGAAACACACCGGGCAGCUGGACCUGCAGCCGGAUGAGAGCUCCAUCUAGGACGACCCUCAGGCUUUGUCUCACUCUUAUUUAUUUAGAACCCAACGGCCACCCAUCAUUGUGGGAGGAACUGAAAACGAUGCUGCUUUUCUUUACUCGGUGUCAGCAUACAUGCAGGCCGUGUCCUAACUUGAGCCGAAAUGUGCAGCUUUCCGUGUCUCGUGACAAACGAGCGGUCCGUAAAUUCACUUUAAUGUUGGAACGACAGCGACCAGAGACUGCGAUCUGUAAAAGUGGAGCUGUGGAAAUGGUUCACCACAGGCUGUGCUUCAUGACGCUACCUCAGUGUAGACCCUGAGGUGAUCAGGUGGGACCAACAGGUGCGAAACGGGACACGAGUGAAAAAUAAAAGCAGGCCCAGACUUCAUUUGGCAUUUUUCUAACUUUAGAUGCGUGGAUGAAAUUUUAGCACCAUGUAAAAUAAAAGCCUCUAUAGGACUUGAAGUGAUACUCCUGCACCAAUAUAUAUCUUUGCCCAACAUGUAUAGAUCCACAACCUGGGGCCGGAUUCACCAAUAUGUUCUUAAGAACGAUCUUAAGAAAUGUCUUAAGAUCUAAAAUUAAGAAGUUCAUAAGAAAGUUCUUAAGUGCAAUUCCUCAAAAUUUUCUAAAGAACCGUCUUAAGAACUGUCAUUUCUUACGAAUUUCUUAUUUUUCCUUCUUAAAAUAUAUCAUUGCAUUGCACGUAGGGCUGCACGAUUCUGGACAAAAUGAGAAUCACGAUUUUUUUGCUUAGAAUUGAGACGAUUCUCACGAUUCUCUCACGAUUUUUUUCCAAUAUAAAAUUUAUUGCACUUAUUACUUUAACUUUGCAACAGCUGAACAAAAAUAUAAUAACAAUAAACAUCUCUUGUCUUCUUUACACAAACCUUUGAAUAAUUCAAACAAUAAUAACAAUUUUGAACAAUAUUUGUUCCUCCCUGAGUUGAACACCCUUUCAGAAAGGGGACUUGUAACAGAUCCUGUAGUUCUGAGGCAACAAAUUAUUCCUCUGGCUGCUUUUUGCUGUAACAGCUGACAUUGAACAUAAAAACAAUAAACAUCUCAAUACAAUAUUUAUGUGCAAUAUGUGUCAGGUGAUAAAGGUAGAUGUUUCUCCAAAUGUAAUCCACAAUCAUUAACAAAAUAUAACAAACAUGACAACAUGAUAGUUGACCAUGACAGGACUACAACAACCUAGAACAAAGGCCUAGUCCUUUUUUUAUGCAGCCAUCUUUAAAAAAAAAAAAAAAAAAAAAAAUUUUUUUUUUUUUUUUAAUAAAAUCGUCGUCAUUUGGAAAUGAGAUUGUGUUCAAGCAUGAAUCGAGAUCGCGAUUUUUUUUAACGAUUAAUCGUGCAGCCCUAAUUGCACGCGCCAACAAACAACAUUUAUAGGUAGUUUGGUCUUAACCGUCAGUCACUCACUAAACAUGGAGAAGGAGAAAAAGAGAUGCAGGAACUUUACAAGGUUAUGGUGGAUGAGAUUAAUGUGCGAAAAAAAUACUAUUGGGGAAAAUUAAUAAUAAUUAACUACCACGCUAACUAACAUGCUAACAAACAGUUAACAGGCUCUUUGUGUAAUUAAUUACAAAGUAUAUCCUCAAACUAUGACCUACUAGUCUAAACUUGUCUAAAAUGUGUUGAAAAAGAUGAAAUUAGAGUCUUACCUUUUCACAGAAGACAUUUUAAGACAGGUCAAGGUUGUCUUAAAGUUAAGAAAAAAGUCUAGAACAAAUUUGAGAACUUUUAUUUCAAGAAUACCAUUUAUUCUUAAGUUUUUUCUUAAGAAGAAACUUGAGCAGAAAGUUGAGAAAAUACUUA